AUGGCCAGGAAGAAAGGUGAACCUGUCUGCUGCUUCGACUGCAUCCCUUGUUCAGAAGGAAAAGUUAGCAAUGAGACAGAUUCAACAGAAUGUUUCAACUGUCCAGAGGAUUAUUGGUCCAACCCCAAACAUGAUCACUGCAUUCCCAAAAGCAUGGAAUUUCUCUCCUACGUUGAACCCCUGGGCAUCUCUCUGACCACAGCUUCAUUAUCUGGUGCACUUUUAUGCACUGUUGUUAUUGGAGUCUUCACCUAUCAUCGUACCACGCCAGUGGUUAGGGCCAACAACUCAGAGCUUAGCUUCCUCAUUCUGCUGUCACUCAAACUAUGCUUCCUCUGCUCCUUGCUUUUCAUUGGUCAACCGAGGCUCUGGACUUGUAAGUUGAGGCAUGCAGCGUUUGGGAUCAUUUUUGUUCUGUGUGUCUCGUGUAUCCUGGUGAAGACCAUGGUAGUUCUGGCAGUAUUCAAGGCCUCCAAACCAGGUGGUGGUGGUAGUCUGAAGUGGUUUGGGGCAAUGCAACAGAGAGGGACUGUUGUAUUUCUGACUUUAAUCCAAGCAGCAAUUUGUACAACCUGGCUUGUGACUUCCUCACCGACUCCUCAUAAAAACACACAGUAUCACAAUGACAAGAUCAUUGUUGAAUGUCUAGUAGGGUCUACAGUAGGAUUUGGAAUAUUACUGAGCUAUAUAGGCUUACUGGCUAUACUCAGCUUCAUGCUUGCAUUCCUGGCACGCAAUCUACCAGAUAACUUCAAUGAGGCCAAGUUUAUCACCUUCAGCAUGCUUGUAUUCUGUGCUGUUUGGAUAGCCUUUAUUCCAUCUUAUAUCAACUCCCCUGGUAAAUAUGCAGAUGCUGUAGAGGUAUUUGCCAUUCUAGCUUCCAGUUUUGGGCUGUUGCUGGCCCUUUUUGGACCAAAGUGUUUUAUAAUUCUUCUAAAGCCUGAGAAAAACACCAAGAAAGCUUUAAUGGGCCGAGGCACACCAAGAUCAUAGAAAAG